AUGUGUAUUCUUCUUUGCACACGAAAACAUCCAGAUUACCCGCUUAUCAUUGCGUCUAACAGAGAUGAGUAUUUUGAUAGGCCUACACAACUUGCAGGCUUCAUAGAUGAAAAUACACUUUGUCCAGUCGAUCAAGGACGACAGGAACAUGGUACGUGGAUUGGAAUAACAAAGCGAGGACGAGUUGCAGUCUUGGUAAAUUAUCGAGAACCUGCAAUGGAGUGUUUAAACAAGAUUUCUAGGGGUUCUAUACCGAUGAAGUUCUUAAAAUCCAAUAAGAAAGCAAUUACAUGGUCAGAAAGCGCAAACAAGCACAUGAAUGGAUUUAAAGAUGUGGGCGGGUUUUCCCUUUUGUUUGGUGAACUUCAGGCAAGUCAGGGAGGUAAGGGGAUCAUGCCAUUACAUAUUAUGUCAAAUAGAUAUAGGGAAACAGUAUCUGUUUUCAACACGGAGGAAACACUCAAUAGACAGGAUAAUGAUCGAUACCAUAAGAUGCAGCUAUUUGACACAAUUGGGUUGUCCAACUCACCGUACUUGGAACCAUGGCCAAAAGUCACCGAGGGAAAAAAACUCCUUGAACAGUUUGCAGAAAAUGCAGUGAGGCAGAAAUGGAAUAAGGACAAGUUGGUUUCUAAACUUUUUGAAGUCUUGACUGUGGCACAUCCGUCUGAUCCGGAAAAGUGGCUUAACUACAAUCUAGAAGAAGGAUUUGAUCAGAUGCCUAAAUCAAUAUUUGUUCCACCAUUAAGGAAAACAAAAGGUCCUGCUUGUUCCGAAAGCAAGUCAAAACCAACCAGCUUGUACGGAACGCGAACACAAACAGUUAUUCUAGUGGAUAAACAUGGAAAAGUUACAUAUGUUGAGAAGACCCUACACAGCAGUGAGGAUCUUACAGAAAAGCCUCAAUUGCACUGCUCCGAAUUUCAGAUACAGGGUUGGGUUGAUGGCAGAAAUGCUAUAAGUGCCGAAAAGAAACAAAAUGAUGGUUGUGAAAUGAACGAGCAAACUAGCAAACAGACGCAUCCAGCAAAGUUGCUUAAUAGUGCUAAUUAG